GUGAUAAAAGGGUUGUUAGAGCUCACGUAUUCACUAUUUAAUAUUAUUUAGCUAUUCUAGUUAAAAAAAAAAUAUCUUUCUGAAUAAAUAUUUUUUUUUGUUUUUUUUGUUAUCAAAUCAUAAAAAAAAUAAAAUUAAAAAAUUUUAAAUAUUUUAUUUUUUUAUUUUAUUAUAUUUUUUUUUUUAUUUUGUUAUAAUUUUAAAAAAUUAGAACACAAAACAUAAAUAUAACAUUUUUCUGAUAUAAGAUAAGUAAUAUUAAAAAAGCUUACUUUGAUAAACACCAUUUGCGUUAACGUAAAUACUUACCAUAUUAACUUUUGUUUAAAAAAAUACUUUUAUUUAUUGUUCUUUUUUUCAUAAAGAAUAUAAAUACAAGAAUAUACAAAUAAAGCUGUAUAUACUUUUAACAUACCAAAAAAUCGUCGUCAUCGUCAAACAUAUUUAACAAAUAAUUUUUUUUUUAAUAAUAUCGCAUUAUUAUCAAAAUGAAAGUAUUAUCAGCAGUUAUCUUUUUAUCAGGAUCCCUAUGUAUUUUGAACUCUAAUUGUCCAACCAAUUAUGUUUCUGCUACGGAAGCUGGCAAGAAACCUGCGCUGAAGAAACCUCAGACGGCUACAACUGGUACUAAAACUCCUGCUGCAAAAACUACUGCUAAAACUACCGCUAAAACUACCGAUAAAACUACCGAAAAAACUACCGAAAAAACUACCGAAAAAACUGCCGAUAAAGCUACCGACAAAGCUACCGAUAAACCUACCGAUAAGACUACUGAGAAGAAAAUACCUACACCUGCUGAUGCGGCAAAGAAAUUAUCAGGUAUACCACAAACGGCAACAGAAAAUAACUGGGAUGAUUGGCUGAAGAGUAACAAGAAAGACUAUGCCAAUUGCAAAUGUGAGGUAAGAGUCAAUUUGUAUGACUGGUUUUGUAAGCAAUCAGAUGAAUUAAAUGAUAGCAUCUAUAAAAAUUUAGAAGAAAAAUGGUCAGGCUUUUCAAAAGAUAAGGAAUUAUCUGCUGGCUUGUCAGGAUCUUCCAGUUGGACUAAUGAACAGUGGGCCGAAUGGAUGAGAAAUAAUUUAAAGGGUAAGUUGGAAGAUGAAGUGAAAAGCUGGCUUGCAGGAAAACAAAAAGGGUACGAUGCUGUGAGGGAUACUUGUUUCAAUCAAUGGAAAGAAGGAAGAAAAGGUGCUUUGGCUCCAGACGUAUGGAGUAAAAGCCAAUCAGAUGGAAAAGGAAGUUCAUGGGAUAAACUUGUUGACGAUUUGAGGAAACGUCAUACCAAUAAAACGGACUUUCUAUGGAAGGCUUAUCAAAAAGAUACAUUAUUUGGAACGGGAGAAUGGGCAGAAGAAUUAUUUAACAAAUGGAUAGAAAACAAGCAAUGGACUAAAUAA